GGGAAGCGAGAAGAUGGGGCCAGUCGCCUACUUCAGCCUCUGCCUCCUCGGCUGCCUGAUCUUUAACCCCUCAAUGGCCAGGGUACAGGCUGUGUCCUGUCCCGGGUGCUGGCUGCCCUUCCAAGACAGCUGCUAUCGAUACAUCGCCCAAGAGAAAAACUGGAUGGAGGCUGAGGCUGAGUGCCAGCGGCAUGGACAGAAGGCCCAUCUCGUCUCCAUUCACGGUCCUGAGGAAAAGAACAUGCUGGCCCAUUACGCCAAGCAGAACCCCCCAAACAAGAUUCACAUCUGGAUCGGACUCUCAGACCCUGCGCAUAAUCUAACCUGGAGAUGGUCAGAUAAUUCCCCGCUCACUUUCAGAGCUUGGGAUAAGGGGCAACCCAAUGAUCUGGUAGGAAACGAGCACUGUGCGGUGUUAUUUUACAAUACAGGUUUUCAGAAAUGGCACGAUUAUCCCUGUGAACACAGACACGCUUUCAUGUGUAAGCGCAAACCCUAGGGGAGGCAGGUCGCCUGCACCUGGGGGCUCCCAACACCUGGGCUGUGACUGAAUCGAGUCCCUCCCUCUCCCCGGGGAGACCAGAUCCUGUGUCCCCGGCUGCAAAGUCCCUUCUGCAAAGCAUCGCUGAGUUACGCUGUGUCACUCCCGCUCUGCUCUGCCCCCUUCUCUCCCUGUCGCACCCACGCUCUGCUCUUCUCAGCCAUCUCAGCACAGUGCAGUGAUAAUAAACUUUCCCUCGAACAUUCA